CGCAUGCGCAGUAGCAAGUUCGCUGCCAUUCCUUUGCCUGUCCCACGUGUGUCUGUGCUACCUGUGGGCUGAUCGGAGGGUCCUGGCACGGGGCGAGUCAGGUUAGUUUUAUACCGCGGUAGGUUAACUAGGCUUUUAAUCUCUAUCACAGCGACUUGGAAACCUGACAACAUUCAAUUCUCAGUCUGCAUUCUAAAGUCACACUGCAGAAUAGACAUAGCUUCUAUUAGAUUGUAAGCUCUGCGAACAAGCUGCUGCCUCGGUGUUUAGCAGUUUUCUUUUUCGGUCUAUUUGACUCACAGCGUUUUCUAGUUUAUAAAGAUUGGUUCAUCCUGUGGACAGUACGUGUUAUGUCUUAUAUAAGCCUAACUGAGAAUUGUGUUUUAAGAGUUGUGUCUAAAAGAACAAUUUACAUUUAACUACUUUUUUUUUUUUUUCCACCGUUGAGCUGUACAUUUAGAUUAGAUGGAUGACUUUUAGUGUGUACAUCAGAGAUGGGAAUAUUUUCUUGUGAAUCUAUAACUCAUGUUCAGCCAGCCACAUGUGCUUUCCUUGAUUUUAAAAUAUGUUGAGCAUUUUGCAAAUUAAAGGACCACUGCAGUGCCAGGAAAAUAAAAUCGUUUUCCUGGCACUAUAGGGUCCCACUCUUGCUGGGCCGAAGGGGUUAAACACUUGCCUUUCUCCAGCGCCAGGCUCCCUCGGCACUGGGAAACUCUCCUCCCUCUGCCGACGUCGGCUCCGAAUGCGCAUGCGUGGCAGAAGCCGCACGGCAUUCAAACAGCCCAUAGGAAAGCAUUUCUCAAUAAUUUCCUAUGGACGUCCAGCGUCUUUUCACUGUGAUUUUCACAGUGAGAAGACGCUGGACGUCCAUAGCGGCUGUCAGUGAGACAGCCACUAGAGGCUGGAUUAACCCUAGUGUAAACAAGAUUGCAGGGUUAACACUAGAGGGACCUGGCACUCAGACCACUUCAUUGAGCUGAAGUGGUCUGGGUGCCUAUAGUGGUCCUUUUAAUAAAGACCCAUUUUUGCGCAUCACUGAUUUCCUUGCUUCUGAUAGAGAUUGCCAAUCAGAUGCGUCUCAUAGAGAAGCAUUGAUGAAAGAUCUCCAGUAGAAACCUUCACAUAGGGAGAGAUUUGUAAACUCGUAUUAAAAUAAAUCAUUUAAUACUUUGUCAGUUCAAGUGUUUUGUAAUGGGGACAUAUUUUGUUGACUCACUAUACAAAGCAAUCGACUAAAUUCUUAACAGACUGUCAGCUGCUGGAUAAGUCCACAAAAGGUGUUCAGCAAAUGGUUGCUUUACUGUCCUUUUACAUCAGAUGUAUACUUUAACUCUCACCAGAUUCAGCCAAAAUCUCCUUGAACAUUAUAGGAGUUGUCCUGCAGGAGUAGGCAACUACUUGAACUCAAUUUGAUAGGACUUAAGUCCAACUCAGUGGCUUGUGGUUUUUAUUUUCUGACCUAGAAAUGGCAGAAGUCAAAGCCUGGAGCAAUUUAAGUUUUUUUUUUUUUUUCUUUAUCAAGAAUUAUAGUUACAUUUCCUGAGAUCCUGCCAGCAUAAGAUGUGACACUGUCAAGGAGUCUGGGGUUAGUGUACUGACCCCAAAUGCAAGAGUAGCACUAUAUUAAAGGGACACUAUAGUCGCCAGAACAACUACAGCUAAUUGCAUUUGUUCUGGUGAGUAGAAUCAUUACCUUCAGGCUUUUUGCUGUAAAUAAUGCUUGUUUCAAAGAAAAUGCAGUGUUUACAUUACAGCCUAGUGAUAACUUCACUGGCCACUCCUCAGCUGUUAAAGAUCCUUCCUGGGUCAUGGCUGCCUAAAAUGCAUCCAAACAUUCAGUAUCUCCUCCCUCUGCAUGCAGACACUGAACUUUCCUCAGAGAUUCAUGGAUUCAAUUCAUCUCUAUGAGGAGAUGCUGAUUGGCCAGGGCUGUGUUUGAAUUGUGCUGGCUCUGCCCCUGAUCUGCCUCUUUGUUAGUCUCAUCCAAUCCUUUGGGGAAGCACUGCGAUUGGGUCAGGCUACCACUUCUGAUGGUGUCAGUGGGCAGGUCAAAAGGAAACAGGGACAAAGUAAACAGCUGCAGACCUGAAUGCAAGUAAGAUUUUACUAUAUUUAGGGAGGCAUGAGGGGAUCGGGGUGGCUAAAUGGUGGUUUUAACCCUGUAGGGUCAGGAAUACAUGUUUGUGUUCCUGACCCUAUAGUGCUCAUUUAAUAUGUGUACUAUAACCACAUCAAUAAGAUGCAAUAGUUAUGGUGUGCAGUCUCUUUUAAAAUCCACUUCCUAUAUUGCAACUUGGGUUGUUUUGUUUUUUUUGAUGAUUUCUAUUUUCUGUUUUUAAUUUUGUUUAGCUUUAAUACCAUGGAAGCAAAGAAUAAAGGACCAUUAAAGGCACGGGGGAAGAAACAAAAUAUGACAAAGGGAACCAAAUUUAGAAAUAAAGGUAAUGUGUAUUCUUCAAGAUAAGAAAACAUGCUUUCUGGGGACCUCCACAACGCUUCCAGGGCCAAUCCUUAUGCGCUCAGACAUCACUUCCAGGGUGCUGUAUAUGCACCUGGCACGAUUGUAGUUGAAUUAAUUUGCAUGGUAUGCUCUCGAACUGUCAAAAAAUAAAAAAUUAGAAACCAUUCAAAUUGAAAAGUGGCACAACCUAGACAUAACAUUCAGCUACAAUGCUGUGCACAAAUCUCAGAUCUGACAGUUCCCCUUUCUUAUGUAUACCGUGUUUUGAAACUCAAAGCCUGAUAACAAUAGCUUAUUACUCUUAGUCUAUUAGUAAUGUCAGUAUGAACUUCCAUUAUACAUAUCACUGUAGACCAGAAAGAACCGUGGAAGGCAGACAUUGCGAGCUAAGUGUCAAACCAUUUAGGUUUAACAGUUUAUUGUGGGAUGACACAAGGGGGGCAGUGCUAUGUAGUUAUUGUUUUGUAUAAUAUCCAUUUAAAUAUGUCCAUGUUCAAACAAUCAUUUUACAUUUUCUAAAAUUGUCAGAUUCCAUAUCAAGGGUCAAAUGUGUCUACUGCCUAACUAGUGGAAUUGUGUUCAUGGGUUGGCCAUGAGAAUAUUUAACGUAAACUGGCUACAUAUAACAUUUAUUCCUAGAGAAUACUGGUAGUAAUAACUUAUUUUUCUCUGUACAUAAAUCUGCUUCUUACUAUGAUUGUCUCAAAUGAGAGUAUGCUGAAAUGUAUAUGCAAAGCUCACUCAUUAUUUUACUCGUUUAGGUGCAGCACCAGGCUCUCAAAAACAAGGCACAAGCAACAGCCCCAAGAAAACCCGAAAUAUCAAACCAAACAAAUUUGAAAAGGGCAAAAAGAUGCCUGAUAGGGCAGGAGGAAAAGCAGGCGUGAAACAGUUUACAGCUAAAAAUACAAAACAGGGUGAUGGUUUCACACAGAAGAGAAAACGCCAAACAGGGAACAAUGAUGGAGGUUAGUGUUGCAUCAGUUUGUUUGAAACCAAUUGUUCUAAAAGAAACCAAGGAAUUGGUCUUACUUUUAAUUUUAGGUGGUUUAAAAUGGUUACAAUAGCAGCUGUAGUGCUUAUGGUGCUUAUAUUUCUGGUCCCUGGAAGUAAAAAACUGGUUUUGAGUGAUUUAAAGCAGCUCAUUGAAAUGCCAGCCCAGCCAAAGAUAUACGAAGAUAAAGUAGGGACUACUUUAUCUUAGAUUUUAUUUCUACGCUUGAUAAAAAGACUGAGCUACCUAGUGACAAUAGAGGGGAAAGGCUCUUUUUUUAUAAAGUGUCCUGUGGGAUCCUCCCGGAGAAAACAUUGUCUCGUAGCAGCUGAAGCAUCAGGAGCAGAAGAAAAUCAGCAGAAAAAGCAUGGCAAUGGUCACGAUGGACAGAUUCAGGUAAGUAUAACUCACCUUUUCUCCUUCCCCUGCUUCUCAUGGAAACCAGAUCCCCAGCAGCUUAGUCACUCUCCGAGGUCUUUGCAAAUUAUGCAAAGACUCCAGGCAGUAACAGUGUUACUUUAAUUAAAAAUAGGUCUCCCUGGGUGCGUGUGGCUCGAUCCAUAGCUCGGCAUAUUUUUUUUGUAUAUUUUUUUUGGAAGUUACCAAAAAUAUUUAUAAUAUCUAUUCCAUCCAUAUGUUAAGCGGCAUUCACUGGCUAAAUAUGCCCAAACUUGGGCAAAAAUGGGCAUAUAACGUCUGCUCGGUUAAACCUUCGAUUUAUGUCAGACUAUUCAUACAUGGUGUCAAAAAAUUGAGGAAUCCGGCAAAGGGCAUGUGGACUGUAGUGAUUCUGUUUCUCAGAGUAAUCAUUUAAGCAAGUCCAAAUCCAGAGAAUUUUGAAUCCUCUUUGACUUUGAGGCAACGUGUCUUUUAUUUAUUUUUAUUUUUUUGUGACUCCUUUUACCAUUGCAAAUGACAAACAGUGAACUUGUAACCUUUCACUGACUAUGUGAAGCUUGUUUUUAUUUUUUGCACUUACAGAUGAUUAGCAAUAUGGUGAUUUUUAUUUGAUUUCUCCAGGACUUACACUGUCCUUGUUAUUCCUAGAGAUAUUCAAAAAAAUACUGAAUGAGGUUUGUAGAGGGGGGGAAAAAAGAUAUAUCUCUAUAUGUGUGUUUGUGUGGUGCUGUCUGCAGCUUUUUAUGUUGUGUUCUAGUGGAAGGCUCACGUCCUCUGCUGCCAUAUCUGUUUUGGAAGAGUGAAUUAAUUUAUUGGUGGCAACUGCGCUCUGGGGGUGUGACUUCAAUAAGCUGAGGCAACCCUGGACAUUUAGGGUUCUAUUCACCAAACUCCAAAAGUGUAAGAGUUGUGAGUCGGAGAUGAUUUUCAGAUGUACUAAACUUCAGAUUUCAUUUUGCUGUAUAUUUAAUGUCUACAUACAUAUUGCUUUUUUUUGGUCAUUGAAAUGUUAUGUCAAAUGCCACAUUUUAUUUAUCGGAAAAAAAUAAAAGUAGGCGGUUAUGAUAUUUUUUUUUUUAUAUAUUUAAUUUUACCACAGGUUCGGAAGCCAAGAAACCCAAGUGGGAAGACAUCAAAAAGGAAAAAAAAGAACUGAAGCAGACACGGCAGCUGAAUGAGAAGAGCAACUAUGAUGUUAUGACAAAAUCCAAGCAGAUCUGGGAGAGUAUAAGAAGGUAUGUACUAUUCAUUUUGGGGGGGAAAAAAGUUUUGUAAGGUAGUAUUAAUUUUAGAGUAGCCAAGCAGUUCAUAGUUUCAAUUAUGUGCCUAGUAGGAUUGAAGAGAAGCCAAAUUGCCAUACUCCGAUGCCAGAGCCGAUUCCACAUCAGUCGCAGUGCAUGCCAGAGUCUUAUUCAUAGUUCGUAGUUUUGAAAAAAAUAAAACAAAACAAUUUCUUUAAAGGGACACUGUAGGCAACCAGACCACUUCAGCUCCUUGCAGUGGUCUGGGUGCAAUGUCCAAUGUCCCUUAACCCUGCUAUAGUAUUAAUUGCAGUUACUGGGAAAACCUUUGGUCUGGUAUCUGAUGCUGGACUUCCUCACGCUCUGCAUGAGGACCUCCAGCGUCAGAUUUUUCCCUAUAGGAAAGCAUUGAAUAAUGCUUUCCUGUGGGGAAAUACUAAAGCGAGUGCGGCAGAUCUCCGACGUCGACAGGGGAGGAGCGUCGGCGGAACCUGACCCAGUGCCGAGGGACAUCAGCACUGGUUUUAGGUAGGGUAUUUGAAGGGGUUUUAACACCUUCUGCGUCGUGAGUCAGGGGGGCGCUGUAGGAUUUUGUAGUGCCAGGAAACCUGCUUUGUUUUCCUGGCACUAUAGAAGGCCUUUAAAGAUUGUCAAACAAAAAAAGGUUCAAGGCUGAUAGCUUUUGAUAGUCCUGAUUAGAACUGAACCAGUCAGGCUUUUUGGUCUCAUCUGGCUUCUGCCUGCUUUUAACCCUUGUGUUGCUGCCCUUGUUGUUGCAGUGAUCUUUACCUGGCUGAUACUGGCAUGAGUUAGUGACACUUGAUGAUCCUUGUGUGCCUUCUGCUCUAGAAUGUCACUGAAACAUAUACAUAUGACUUUGUAUUGCAAUAUAUUUGUGUCUAGUGGAAGGUUAUUAGUAUUAUCAAUCCUAAUUUAGCUUUUUUUGUUUUACUUAACUUUCCUUCUUUCUAUUUGACGAAUAGUACUUAUGUAGUAGUGGAUAGGCAAGAUUAGACUCAUUUUAGUAUUUGACUUUUUCUAAUUAGUACUUUGUGUUUGUACUUCUAAAAUAGCUCUUUAUUUUUUGGUUUAUCUCCUAAAUUAUGCAGUGUCAUAUUUUAAUAUAGGUAUGCAAUCCUGUCUGAUAAUCUACUGGGGAGAAAUGCAGCAUGCUUAUUUCUAUGCAUUUUAAUAAUCUGUCCUAUUUCUCCUGUGCUUGUAGAAAGGAUUGUGAUGCAACGAAGAGAUCUAAGCUGAUGAAUGACCUGCAGAAAUUGCUUAAAGGCAAUGUGAAAAGUGUGAGUAAAGUUGGAGCUGAUGUAAUCCUGCAGGAGAGAAAAUCUGUCUGCAAUAAUAUGGUGCUCAGUCAAUCUCUUGACUUUCAUUUAGCAUAUAAUCAAUGUGAUCUGUGUGACUCUUGUGGAGAAUUAAUCAGUUUAAUUAGAUUGCAUUUCUGGUAGGUCAGUAUGUAUUGCUUUUACGAUACCUCUAGCAUCUCCCAAAACUUGGUUCUUUCUUUUAUAUCUUCAAGCCAUAGAGAAACGUGAUAUAUGAACAUAUACCCGCAGCUGUAUGUUUUCUGACUCUUUUCGGUAGCCAUAUUGUCUGUUUAAUGUCCCAUAUCAUCAAGCAAUAGUCUGUAAAUUGGUUUACUGAAAAAGGUAUUUUAUUAUAAACACAUAGUACUUUUGUAGUUCUUAUACGGUGAUAACAUUUAAAUCACACUUAAAGGGACACUAUAGUCGCUGAAACAAUUUUACUUUAGUGACGCAGUUUUGGUGUAUAGAUCAAGUCUAAUCCUCAAUUAUCUCCCAAUUAGGAGUUAAAUUACUUUUGUUUCCGUCCAUGCAGCCCUAGACUCACACAGCAUGGAAAAAAAAAUGUUUCACUUUCAGUCAGAUGUUAAUCUUUUGGAUCAACAGCAAAAAACAAAUGUGAGGAAGGCUGAACUUGAUAGACUCAAGUCUCUUUUCAGCUAUGUAACUAUGUAAGUUACUUUAUAAGAUUUUAUCUCCUGCUCUUUAAAUUGAACUUUAAUCACACACACGAGGCUCCUGCAAGGUCUAGUAAGCUGUUAACAGUGCAGUAAAUUGUAAAUUCAGAAUUAAACAGACUCUUUACAGGAAUUGUUUAGGAAAGCUGUGUAAGUUACAUACAUAGAUGUGUGACUAGGACUGCAUAAACAAAGUGAUUUAACUCCUAAAUGGCAGAGAAUUGAGCAGUGACACUGCAGUGGCAUCUGUACACCAAAACUGUUUUAUUAAGCUAAAGUUGUUUUACUUAUUAUAGUGUUCCCUUUAAGCAACUUCGUAUAUAAUUCCUUUUUCUGGGUCGUUUACUAAAGUGAGAAUUCAAAGUGAAAACAGAAUACACUUGAAGAAUUUAUCUAAAUUGGCUAUUUCGCUCUAAAAUUUGAAAUCACUUUGAAUUCCUAGCGAUUAUCACUUAAGUGAAUUACCCUGUUUAUCACCCCAAUACAUUUUUAAAGGUUAUAACAAUUUUACAUUGAUGAAAAUACAAUCCUUUCACUGUGGAAUGCAGAGAAAAAUAAUACACAAGUAGUCACAGUACUAAUCUCAUCACUUUGGGGACAGAAUACAAAAUCUAUACAAAUUGAAACUUUUUCAGUAAAACAAUUCCAAAACCUAAACAUAUUUGUCUGAGUCCACUAGUUGAAGAGUGUUCCAAGCAGUGGCUCAUUAUAACAACAAGUUAAUUAUAUACACGGACACACACACCUAUCAUUUGGUGUUUUUCAAAGACUUUGAGGUGGCUUGAUGACCACUAUCCUACAGACAGCAUUAGCAAACAUUAUUUUUGACAUACCAAUAAAUUAGGACUGUGCUGUCUCAAAAUGUCUCUUAGUUAAUGCAUCCUUGUUUUCCAAAACACAGUCAUACAGUAUAGCAAAACAAUGUGUUAAAUACCUUCUUGGUAAAUAUGUUUAUGAAUCCAAAUAAGUGAAGGAAUCUUAAUACUAGAUACACCUGGUUUAUUUAUAUAUUGUGCACCAGGCCAAAAUAGUUUGGAGUCUAAAGGGGUGGGAUUGAACAGAUUAAAUGGGUUAGUUGCACCACCUAUUGGUGCUAGUAUGAGUCGUUAUUGGGGGGUAAAAAUGUCUUACAAGUGCAAAAUAAUUUAAUUCGACAUGAUCUAAAGAUGUGACUGAUGACCUAUAAAAGAGCGCUUCUAUGUCCUAUAAUCACCAUUUCACAGGCUGGUAGGACAGCGUUUUAUCCAAACUGAAUUGUUUUGAAAUACUUAUUUACAGAUUCCCUACUAUUAGAUUACUAUUGGAUUUCUCAUAAUUAAAGACAGGCCCUCGUUUGUCAGCAUACACCCAGUAAUCCCUGUAUACCAUGGGUCAUAAUAAUUAAGAACAGAUGCUAUACCGACGGCAGACAGUAGAGGGUAGAUGUGUACAAUGAUAAAACCUGUACUCUGUCUGUGUUCCUUUCAUAUCACAUCUUCCUGAAGCAAAAUGGGAACACUAAAGGUGAAUAAAAAGAUAUUGAAUAGGAUUUGUUUUGCAUAAAGUAUCUUCUAUUCUUUCAAACUGCAAACUGUAUGAAACAGAGCCUGUUUUGUAGCUAUUCACACUGAUGAUAACCUUAACAGUUAUAGUCUAUAUUGUUGCCAUCACCAACAGAUAUAAAAAAGAAAAAACAGUUUUAUUUUAAUAGCACUAGCUAUAGCUAUAACAAUUUGGGGCCUUCUCAUAAGAGCAUAAUUCCACAAUUCUUAAUUUACAUGCUGGGACUUAAACUGCCAUUGUAUGCACUCUAGAGUACUGCCAUAUUUUUUUUGAGUAUAGCAGGGGUUCCUUUUUUAUUAGAAGUUUCUAUAAAUUACAGCCAGGUAUAUAUUCUGAUGGGGUGCAGAAAAUAAAUGUUUACACAUAGUAUAUUUUGCAGAUAUUCUUGCUGUCUCCUGAUUAUGCAAACAACUGAAAUAAACUUGCCCCUGUUUAUGACUAAAUGUUAGAUGUGAGUUUAAAAUGAAUCUUUUUGUAUUGCUUUGUGUACACGUGUGGGAUGAAGCAGUGGCAAGCAAGUCAGAGCUUUGAAAUUCAAGAGUUUCUUGUUCUCAAUCAUAUCUCCCUGAGUAAUUGCUGAAUAUGUGAUGAACUGGAUCCAUGUGUUUGUUUGUUUGUGUUUUUUUUUUUUUUUUCUUACCUGCUGUUGUUUUGCUUUUUUAGUUUGUUUUUUUUUGUCUUAAAUUUCAUUUGUUUUCCAUUUGUUUUCUCUGACAGAUUGCUUUUGCUCAUGAUACAACUCGUGUUAUUCAGUGUUAUAUAAAACAUGCAGAUGAGAAAAGAAGGGACGAUGUUUUUGAAGAACUAAAAGGUAAUUUUUUUUGUUUUGUUUUUUUGUUCAGCAAGUAGAUAAUUUUCCAGCUAAUUCCUCUUUAAUAUUGUUGGUUACAUUUUUCAAAUGAUUUAAUAUUUUUAGAUGAUGAUUUUUGUUUUGAUAUAUUUUUUAUUUUUUUUAUUUUAAGAUUUAGUAUUAUGAAACACAAGUUUGUAUUUUUUUGUAAUGUUUUGAUAAUUUUGGGGGAGGAUGUUUUAAUAUAUUGAAACAAUGUUAAAAAUUUUUUAUCAAAAAAUAGUAAAUAAUUUGGAAAGCUUACCCAGCAAUAUUAAAUUGAGGCCUUAAAUCACUUUAUCUUUAUGGUAUACACAUGCCAAUAUGUAUUGUAAUUUGUCAUAACCUGCGUGUAAUGGCACACUGUCGUAUUCAUUGAUUAGCUCUUUUUAAUUCCUUGGUUGCAGACUAUAUGAUACUUAUAUCGCCUGCCUUUUGUGUAUAUAUAAUUUUAGAGAUUUCUUUUUUUCUUUUUCAGAACAUAUAGUAGACUUAAGCAAGUCUAAAUAUGCCAGAAACAUUGUCAGGAAAUUCCUUAUGUAUGGGUAAGUUUGAAAAACCGCUAUAUUAUGAAGUUUGGACAGACUGAAUAUAUCUCCCCUCCCACCCCCCCUUCUGAUGUUCACAAUUUCACAUUUUGUUUUUAACUCAAUGUUGACAUUAGAUUCUUAUCAGAUACUUUACAUUUGACCUAGGAGGAGGCAAUGAAAUAUAACCCGUCCAUUACAUACAGACUUGUUUAUUGUCAUCCCAUUCAUUCCUGUUUCAGGCAGGUCAAACAGGGAAGGUUUCCCCCAACUACAAUGAAACCAUUCUAUGCAUUUUCUGUUUUCUCUAAAUUUAUUUCCAUGAUAUGGAAUUCUUAAGAACAGGCUAUUGUUGGUUUUUAUUUUGUCAUAUAUAAAUCACCCACCCACACAACCUUGGGUUUACCCUAUCUAAUGCAUCCUGAAAUGGUACAAGUAGUUAAACAUGAUCAUGUUUUAUUACUCGCCGUGCAUGAUGCAACUGCAAAUUAAAACACUUAAAAAAAAAAAAAAAAAAAAAAUAGAAAGUGGCAAGGCAAUGCCUUUUUUGAUGCAGCAUUGUAGUGGUUUUUUUUUUUUUUUUUAAUAGGAAAUGUAAGUGCAUUCAUGUUAAUAGAUCACACAUUCACAAGUCAGUUUUCCAGAACAGAGAACAGAAAAGCAUUUUUGACGUGUGUACUGUAAUUCGUGAUCACCUUUACCCUGAUCAUUAUAUGAACACAACUCCAUAGAUGUGUAAAUAUGUGUAUGCAUUUGUGUAAAACCGUUUAUUGGAUUAGGAAAGAGUGUUAGGAAGUGAUUCAUAAAAGGAUGUUGUUUGGCUAUGUGCGUGGGAUUAGCAAACUGUGAGCUUUAUUCACUCAUCUCCAAAUGUCAACACUGAUUAUCUUGCAUUAUAUGACUGCAGUACUGCGUAAGCAAACCUGGCAAUUGCACAGUCUCUUGUCCACUUUAUUGUCGCUUUUACCGUUAAUGUUGCCGUCCUGCCCUGAGCUCAGGGAAGCAUUGUGUAUGCUGCACAACACUCAUAUGUAUAUUUGUUCCAUGAGCUGGUGAGAUUCUUAUUAAUGUAGUGAAAUGCUAAAUAAUGCGACAAGCAGCAAUAAUAAAUUCCCACAAUUAUAUCAGCAAUGUUAAAAUAACAAAAUUCGACUAGAACAUACACACGCUGUUAUGUUCCACACCCUACAGCACACCUACCUUAAUUUGUGAAAUACAAGCAAGAUUAUUAAACUUCAAUUUGAGUUAUUGUACAUGUAUUAUACAUGUAUUUUAUACAUGAAGGGGGUAAUUUUUUUGAUCACCAUAACCAGUAGAGCUUACUGUAUUGGUUAUGUUGCAAGAGUAUUGUAGUUAGAGGCUCUCCUAGCAACCGAAGAAUUUAGCCCCUGUGCGGCUGCUUAGAUUACAUCCCAGUUUUACUUCUAUUUUAUCCAUAUGACAUUGAUGAUUUCUUAGGUCUAAGUGCGGCCAAGCCUAGUGGUCACAGCUUUUUGUUUUUAACUUAAAACCUAUCCCUAGGCUUGCUAAGUAUGGAGCACUUUCUUGCAUUUUGCUUUGUAGUAUUUUCUAUCUUGUUACUUUAUCUCAAAUGGUUGUGAUUGUCACAUGCAGCUGAUUAAAACUCUCUGGCUGUGUUCACUAACCAUAGUGGUUUAUGUAUUGAGUUUAAUGGGUGUGACUUGGAAUGUCUUAGUUUGAGUUGUAUGCUAUCGAACUUGGUUAAUUCUCUGCCUUCCCUGUUGCUGAAAGGUUCUAUUUACGUCUGAUGACAUAGUGGUGUUGUACAGUUUAGUAAGAAGACCUGUAUACAUCAGUAUACGGUGUCCAAUUUUAAACAGAUUCAUCUAGUGUGGUAAAUUGGCAAUUUUCUUUUCUUUUUUUUUCAAAUGCGUUAUAGGUCCAAAUCACAAGUGGCAGAAAUAAUUAAAAGUUUUAAAGGGCAAGUAAAAAAACUCUUGCGUCAUUCAGAGGCAUCUUACAUUGUGGAAUAUGCUUACAAUCACAAAGCCAUUCUAGAGCAGAGGAACAGGCUGUGUGAGGAACUGUAUGGAAACACAUUCCGCUUCUUUAAGGUAAGCAUAAAACUAUAAAAAAUUGUACACACUGAUAUGGCCUUGCUAGCUCUGUCAUUUUCUAUCUAUCCUUUUUUAUUCUCAUUUUUCAUAAUUUGUUUUAUUUCUGCAGUCAGCUGUUCAUCCUUCUUUAGGCCAGGUAUUGGAAGCCCAGCCUGAGAAGAAGGAAGCCAUCUUGGAGGAAAUGAAGCAGAUCCUUUUACCUUUGGCUCAAAAGUAAGCUCUAAUUUUUCUUAACAAAAUGUAAUGUAACGCAACAUAACACUGUUAGCUGCUUUAAAAACCUGAAUUUAUUAACUCCUGGUGUUAGAACACCCUUAUGUUUGAUGAAGCAGGCAACUCUUUUUCCACUGAACUCUCUCUAUUUCUCUUUGCAUUCUUGGUGUCAUUCUGCAUUUAACAUGAAACAAUGUAGAAUAACAAACAAGUAGUAUAACUAUCCUAAUAAUUGUUAAAGGAUAUAUGGCAUUUCUGCAGUUAUGGGUUACUGAACAAAACACGCAAACGUGCACUACUAUAGUACAUUGGUCAUUAAACUAUCCUGUUAUGCAAGUGUGUGUGUGUAUAUGUAUAAUAGUCCAUAUGUGUUCUAGCACUGAAGGUCUUUAAGAAAUUAAAUCUACUUUAUUCAUACUAAAUCCAGUUCAUACAUCAAUGUGAAGUCAACGUUUCAGUUCAUCUAUGUGAACUUUCAUGUCCUGAUGAAAGAUCACAUAGAUGAACAAAAAGUGAACCAUUUUUUGGGGGGAGGGGGUUGUAUUAAUUAUAUAUUAAUAAUGAAGACUUUUUUUUUUUUUUUUAAGACCUUGAAUGCUAGUAAUAUUUGGACUAUUAUGUGAAGUGUUGUCAGUUGGAGUGCAGGACGACAAAGGUGUGUGUGUGUGUGUGUGUGUGUUAGUUACGAAUCGUGAACACCGUCUUCUGAUACAGAAUAUUGUACCUCCACAUCUGAAAACUAACAAAUAUAUGUAUUUUCAGUUGCUGGAUAUCUGAUGCUCAAUACUUUGUUAACCGUCCCUUGCUUUUCGUAAUUAGCUGGAGCAGAAAGAGCACAUUAACUUAGAAAAGCAAUGGACAUUUGCAAAUUUAGUGAGCAUUGGGUGAGAUAACUGACAAUUUAAAUGAAGAUGCAUAAAGCUGGCUGCCUUGUGGAGUCACUGAUUGGCUGAGAGUGCCAGCUUAUCACUCACUGCAAUUCAGGGUGCCCCUGCCCAGCGACACUCUGCACUUAUGAGAUUUCUGAAGAUGGAGGCUGUCUGGGGGACCUGAGAAUCUACGCUGGAGGCUCACUUUGGGUUUAAACCACUCAAGAAUGGUUUAACCGCUUACGGCAGAGGUGCCAAAAAGGAAGAUCCCCAGAUGUUUUAAAACGAUAGUUUCCGGGGGUGGGGCCUGACCAUCAUGGUGGAGAUACAUGUUCUGCAUGAGCUCCCACACAAGCCUGAUCUUAAAAGCUUAAUACAGCCUGCAAAAGUGAGAAUUCGGGGGGGGAGGCGCAUCACCUACUCACCUGAUCCUUACAUCGGAGGACAUGCAACGGGGUGACAGGCAAACUAAACAAGGCGCUCCUACCGCUGGUUGGGCCGUACGGCCUGGUGCACCUGGGGCGGGAGAGGCGGCUUCUCUCCUGGCUCGGGAAUGCACUGGAUACUGCAGGAGUGUAGGGUGGAAAAAUGCUGGAGGAGACCUGGUGCAGUGACUCACCUAAAAUGGCGGACGCAACACAUGCCUGUUGCCCCACUGCCAAACACAUUGAUAUCCUGGCAAAACUGGACAAACUAUUUGAUGCCUUCUGGCACAGGCUGUACCAGCCGGCCCCACCACAGAAGAGUGAUGUCUCACUCUGAAGUCCCCCCUCUAUCGCACAAUCCAGAAGCGCUUCCUUUGGCUGUAGAGCAGGCCCCAAGAUGGUGGCACAGUUCUUGUGCAGCAACAUGGAGACAGGCUCGGUUCCAGUCUGUGGCUGAAGCUGGAGAUGACAUCCAAAAAGCCUUGGGGAAUCCGAAUCCUGACACAUACAUGCAUCACUCUGCCUGAUGGAUCCAGAGGCUUGCGGUGCUCAUCUCUGGGAUGGGACCCUGCUCAGUCCCUGGAGGGUAUAGGAUGACCUGGCCCAUGGACUGAACGGUGCACAGCACAUGGUCACCCACUCUCUCCAUCUAUACUAAGAUAGCUCGAGGAGAUUUUUUUUUUCUUUUUUCAACUAUUGUUUUGUCCCCUCACACAGCUCCUUUCUUUUAUCCUCACUGCUGAGGGAGCCUUCUGUUAUCAUUCUAACAUGCAUAUAUAUGUUUUGUCUACGCUUGCAGAACUAGUAUGUUUGUUAUACUCUUCCUUUACUCAUGCAUAUUUAGCCUAGUUAUUUUAACAACUCAUUUGCAGUAGGAUUUUUUUUUUAUAUAUACAAUGCUUUUAUUUAACAAAAAAAGUGCUAUUUUCUCUGCCAUAACAAAUAUUGUUACUAAAUUGCUUGCUUCUGCCGUUGUGGCGUUGCGAGCCAUGUAAUUUUACGCACAACAAAAAUAAAGAAUAUAAAAAUGAACUGCAGCUUCCUUGAUGCUAUAUCAUUCUAAAGACAUGCAAAGCAUUCAUUGGAGUUGUAGUUCUAUAAAAUCUGGGGAUCUACUUUUUGGGCAGCUUAAUAUAGAUGAUGUUGUUGUGGUGCCUAAAUGGUUCAUUUAAUAGUGAAUUUUGGAACAGAAAUCAAAAAAAAAAAAAAAUAGCUGAGUUAGAGAAUUGUUAAAACACUGCUAUUUGACCUAUAUUUUUUUUGCAAUUCACUUUUCUACUCAUUACAGCACAUUAAAUGAAUAACCCACAUAUAGUUUGAAAAUAACGAUACAAGAGGAAAAGCAAUAACUUGCCAUGAAAAGGGUUUCUCAAAAUUUAAAUUUCAGAAAAAUAUAGGGAUCUUUAUAUGUUGUAUCAUAAGAUAAUACUAAAAGCUACACCAUUGAGAGCCAGGUGUAUGCAUGGCCGUUCAUUUGCAUUUCAUUGCCCAUUCAGAGGAGAAAAGGCCAGCAGGUGAAGCCUAUUUUUGUUUUGAAAAGUGUGACCUUUUCAGAUGAGGCCCAUAGCUUUAGAGUACAUUAUAUUUGUUACUGCAUCUGUGUAUUUAUGCACGCCUUUUAAUUGCAUUAGUCUUCUCCUUAUUUCAGCGGGCACACAGGCAGUGUUUAAAGGCAGAUUUUUUUACUUAUCAAGGUGCAGCUUAUGAGACCAUAAACUGUAUUUGACAGUGUCUGAUCCUUUCUGUCUGCAAAUCACAAGGAAUUUGGCGACCCUGUAUUUGCAACCAGAAUAGUGUCCUGGAGAAUGGCUAGUGACUAACCCCUUUUUCCUUGUCUUACCUUUACGUGAUAUGAUGCUCAAACUCAAGCUUUAAAUGACCUCGGCAACAAACUAGUUAAGCGUGAUAAAGUUUGGACACUGCUGCAAAUUGUCAGACAUCUGGUUUUGACAGGCAUGUACUGAACAAGCUUGUUUGUUAUAAUCCUUUUAUUUGUAUAAAAAAAGAGAAUACACGUAUGUACAUAACAGUAUAUGGACUGUGCUAAAGAAUUGUUUCUGCUUCUUUCUUUACAGAGAAUCUGUAAUUAAGCAUUCACUGGUGCACAAAGUAUUCUUGGACUUUUUUACUUAUGCAACUCCAAAAAUAAGAUCUGUAAGUCAAUAUCCACAUUCUUGUUUAUUUUUCUGUGAUAUAGAUCUAUAUAAUUUUAUUAUUCACAUAUUUUCUCACCCCUCCAGUUAGUAUUUUGUGUAGUCCUUCUACUCGGGUACUCUGUCAGAGCUCUGGGAGUCCUAGGGUUCUUCUUAGUAUCUUACCUGCCCCUAGAACUGCACUCUUCUAGUCAGAGAUCUCCGAUAUCCCACCUUGAAUGUGCUGAGGCCACUCUGCCAAUGUGGCGCUUACAGACACUUUUGCUCCUAUCACAACUAGGACUACUAUUGCCUUCAUUUUCUUUCUUUCUUAUCCUUUUUUAGCUCCUCUUUCAUAUUAAAAUUUUCCAUCUCUAUAUCUGUUUAUCUAUUCUCACAAGUGAUUCUCAACAGGGGUACAGUAUUUGUUUUCCUUGUGGUUCUUGAUUGAGUGUCUGUGUAGGUUCAUUGUGAGAUGCAGCUUAAAGGACCACUAUAGUGCCCUGAGGGUGCCCCCACCCUCAGGGACCCCCUCCCAUCCGGCUCUGGAAGGGGGAAAGGGGUAACAACUUACCUUUUUCCAGCGCUGGGCGGGGAGCUCUCCUCCUUCUCUCCUCCUCCGUUCCUCCUCCUGGGCUGAAUGCGCACACGCAGCAAGAGCUGCGCGUGCAUUGAGCCGGUCGCAUAGGAAAGCAUUUACAAUGCUUUCCUAUGGACGCUUGCGUGCUCUCACUGUGAAAAUCACAGUGAGAAGCACGCAACCGCCUCUAGUGGCUGUCAAUGAGACAGCCACUAGAGGAUUAGGGGGAAGGCUUAACCCAUUCAUAAACAUAGCAGUUUCUCUGAAACUGCUAUGUUUAUGAAAAAAUGGGUUAAUCCUAGAAGGACCUGGCACCCAGACCACUUCAUUAAGCUGAAGUGGUCUGGGUGCCUAGAGUGGUCCUUUAAGGCCAGUUUCCCAAAAGUGGUGUACAGCGUGACAAAGGUUGCUACAUUGGAGAAACAGGACUUAGGCUGCAUCAGAAUGAAUACACUGUGUAAUGUAUACAAAUAGAAACAAGGGGGAUGAUGUUAAUGCUGAUAUAACUUACAGUGAACAGUCAAGAUGUUCACGCAAACAUAAGUGAUGUGCACAAAGAUUGUAUUAAAUAUUUAGAAGAAUUAACCAAAGUGUCAAAAAUUGGUAUUUCAAGGAGAGAAGAAUUUGAACAGUAAGCUACAAAGAGUUAAACAGAAUAUAUGCAAAAAUUAGAUAAAGUAAAGGGGUGGGGGUUAUACUGCUCCAUUAUGCGGGAGAGGGGGUGUUUUGUAACUAUUGAGAAUAGCACUGCAGGCAUCUUGUCUGUUUGAUAGCUGAAAUUAGAAUACACUGACAUGAAAUCUAUUUCAUUAGUAAUAGGAUCACAGGUGUGCACCAAAAAAAUAAAAUAAAAGGUCACUGAAAUGCAAUAGAAAAGGUAACCUACUUAUUUCCCAUACUUAGUCUUUAUAUUAUUUUAAAGUUUAUUGAUUUUUUAUUUUUUUUUACACUGUAUUUUUUUCAGGAAGUGAUUGAGGCAAUCAGAGAGUCUGUAAUCUACAUGAUCCAUACACAUGAUGGAGCCAGAGUAGGCAUGCACUGCGUGUGGCAUGGCACUGCCAAGGUAUAGUAUGUUUGUAUGUUGGUAUGUUCAUUGUUCUAUCAUUUGAUUUUCUUUCCCUACAUUGUAGCACACAUUUUCUUAUUCAACAUUUAAAUGGAUACUAGUAACUCAAACCGUUUUUAGUCCCUAGCCUCAGUAACUACUCAGUCUCCAUAAAAUGAUCUGUCAACACCACAUAUCCAUUUUUUUACUAUGAACAUAAAACAUUUUAAAGAUAUUUUAGUGAAGUCUUUAUUAUGUGAAAAUCAUGCCACCAUUAAGUUCUGGAGAUGUUCGUAAACCACUUCCAAUUAUUCUUGCGGUUUAUUAUGUUUCCAUAAUACUUUUUUCAUUAUGUUUCCUAUUUAUAUCUAUUUACCGACACAAAUACCAAAAUUUAUUCUUGUAGUUGAGCAUCAGCUCUAAUGAAUAGAUUAUGAUACUUUAUCCCCAUUUUCUAGUUUGAUCAUUCAACCGCUUAAUUAUAUAUUCUGAGAAGGUGCAUCACUUCAGUAGAAGUUAUUUUUUGUAUGAGGUAUAAUAAAGUGGCACUUGAUAUAAAGCAAUUUCUUCUAUAGAAAACUUACCUGAGAGUGAUCCUGAUUUAUUUAUGAGUCAAGAAUGGUUAAAGUGGAAAAAAACUAAAGUCAGCUAAGUGUUUAAUUCCUUUAUUUGCUCCUGGGAGGCCCUUGGGAAUCUCCAGGCAGCUUGUGAUCUAUUUCUAAUAUGAUUUUGAAGUAUUCACUUCGUGUCUGAAGAUAAAUCAUAACCUAUUUUACUUCUCCGGUGUCCUGGCUGUUUUCCCUGUCUGCACUUACCAACUGAAUGUAACAGACGAGCAUUGUAUAUUGCUUGAGGGAAUCCCUCAUAGCUCAUAGACUUUGAUUUUGUUUUGAAUUUUUUUUUAUCUUUUAUUAAGAGCAGAACUACCUCAUACUUCAAUUACAAGUUUCAUCAAAGCAGACACUUGACUCUGCUUUCACUCUAGAAGUGUUUUAAUCCCAUUCGCAGUAGGAUUUUUUUUAUAUAUAUAUAUACAAUGCUUUUAUUUAUUUUUUAUUUUUAUUUGUUUCGAAAUGAUUGACAAUUUUAAUGCAGUUCUUAGUAUUUGUUUUAAAAGGAUACUAUAGUCCCCAAAACAGCUUUAGCUUAAUGUAACACUAUAGGGUCAGGAACACAAACGUGUUAAAAUCACCAUUUAGGUGGCUCCCCCUCCCCCCCCAGCCCAGUUAAAAAAAACAAACGUGCAUUAUUUCACGCGACGCGCGGAUCCGCCAGUGCUGGCCCGACCCCAAUCCACCUCCUUGCUGACAUGACAAAAAUGUAAGAUUUUUAGCCAAUUGAAUGCUGUGCAGCACUGCCCCAGGAAUUGAGGAGUGGUCACUGGAGGUAUCCCUAGGGGCCAAUGUAAACACUGCCUUGUUUCUGAAAAGACCGUGUUUACACGAAAAUACCUGCAGGGAAUGAUUAUACUCACCAGAACAACUACAUUAAGCUGCAGUUGUUCUGGUGACUAUAGUGUCCCUUUAAUGAAGCAGUUUUGGUGGAUAUAUCAUGUCCCUGCAGUUUUACUGCACAAUUACCUGCACUUUGUUUAUACAGCCCUGGUCACACCUCCCUGGUUGUAAUGUGCACAGCCUUCAUGUAAAGUGGGAUUCUAUGUUCAUACAUCCUUUUAUUACACAGUCUAUGUAAUUUUGAAUUUCUUAUCUCAAAAUUACAUAGAUUACAUGUUUGCAAAUAGCUUCCUAGACAUUGCAGGAACCUCCUGUAAUCCAAGUUCAGUUUACACAACUUUGAUGUAUAGAUCAUGUCCCUGCAGUCUCAAUUGCAAUUAUCUGCCAUUUAGGAGUUCAAUCACUUUGUUUAUGUACACUAGUCACACCUCCUUGCAUGUGACUUGCACAGCAUACCUAAAUACAUCCUGUAAACAAUCUAAUGUUUACACUUAGUUUAUAGCAAAGUCUGUUUAAUUUUAGAAUUUCCUAUCUCUUGUUCUGUUAAAAGCUUGCUAGACCUUACAGGAGAUACAAUAUCUGAAGUAUGUUACACCUGACUGAAAAUAAAACAAUUUAGUUUUCAUGCAGGUUGUGUUAGUCACGGCUAUGAGAGGUGUGGCUGGGGCUGCAUGGACAGAAACAAAAGUGAUUUAACUCCUAAAUGGCAGAGAAAAAAAAGCAGUGAGACUUCAGAGACACGAUCUAUACACCAAAACUUCUUCAUUAAGCUAGAAUUGUUUUGGUGACAAGUGUCCCUUUAACAAUCUUCCUAAACAUUAUUUUGAAUUAAUAUAUGUACAGAUGUACCAACAUGAUUUCCAAGGGUGUUGUAACAAUUUCUUUCCUAUUUUCUUUGUGUUUUUCAUUGUGACUUUUUGAAUACACGAUUAUAGCUUGUUUUUUCUUUUUUUGUCCAGGACAGAAAAGUGUUUGUGAAAACUAUGAAAACCUUUGUUGAAAAAAUUGCCACGGUAAGGCAUAACUCUUAACAGUGGUUUAAAACAGUGGUGCAUAAAAAAGAUGUACGACCCAUAGUGCACAACAUAGGGGCUUAUUGAUUAUGAAUAAUACUUGCAUAAUAUCAUAUGGACGUUGAAGUACUGAAUAGAAAUGUUUUCUGAGCAUUUUAAGAACGGAUUCUCUUUUCAGAAUAUCCUCCAUCAGCAUAGACAAGUGCUCAAUGUUUCAGCAACUACUACAGUCUUUACUGUAAAAUUUCUGUUGCAUAAAGCAGCCUUUAUUAUACAAAAAUAUAAUAUAAUUAUAUUUAUUAUAUAAAAUGACAUACUGUCUGCACCUGACAUGUUUAGUUUGUUGAAAACCUCUUUUAGUGUACGAUAAGGCUUUUUAAGUUUGCAACUGAUUAUGUAUGUAUUUUACAGAUCUCUGUUUACUGAUUUUAGUUUUAUAUUUUGCGCCGUGGGUAAUUUAUUUUCUGCUGUUUUGUAGAUCGUGUAACACUUAAAUUGGGGCAGUGUUUCUUGAUUAACUUCAGUUGAGAGGACAAAAAAAAUACAGUUUUUGGGUUUUUUGUUUUUGGUUUUUUUUUUUUUAUCCCCCACAGUAUUCAUGAAUAUCUUUGGGUCAGAGUUAAAUAUUUUCUGACUAUCUGCUCUUGUCUGGAUACUACUUCCUUGUAAAUUGGAGUAUUUGAAAUCAUUACUGUACUUUAAAUUAUACUGCAUUUAUUCCAUAUGUGGAGAACAGAAAUAACUGUAGGAGGUUAAUUUGCUAAAUAGUGAGUUCUAGUUUUCUGACAACUGUUAAAUCCAGUGCUACUCUAUGAGAAACAUUUGAAGUAUUUAAGCAGUUCACAUGAACAUUUUCAGUUAUUGAACGUUUUCAUGAGGAACUGGCAGCCACCAUAAAUAUUCUAACAAAUACUGCUGCUGUUCUAGACUAGUCUAGCAGUGAUUUAGUUGAAUAUCUAUCUCUGUGUGUGAACCGUCCCUGAUGAAGAAUCUAAUGCAAGAAAUAAUCACUUUUACAAAUAAAAAUCUGUUCUAUACAGGGAAACGCUUAUUAUGGUGCCUGGUGGCACGAUUACCUCAAGGGGUUAAAACAUUCUCAAAUGGUUUAACCCCAAAGUUGCCUUUCAGCAGUGAUGUCCACCUCUCCCCUGUUGGCAUCGGCUUCUAAAUCUUCAGAUUAGGAAGCGUGGGGUGCUGCUGGACUGGGGCACUGCUGAUUAGCUGAGAGUGGUCAACUGAAGCUCUCCGCCAAUAAGUGACUCCACUUUCACUUAACCGGCUUGGAAAGAAGUGUACCUUUUUCAAGCCAAUUUAGUGAAUAUGGAGUCACUUACCACUCUCAGCCAAUCAGCGGCACUCCUGCCAGAUGCGCCAGGGAAGGAGUGGACAUCGCCGCUGGUGGCAACUUUAGGGUUAAAUUGUUGGAGAAUGGUUUAACUCCUUGAGGUAAGUGAAUAUUAUUAUUAUUAUUUUGUUUUUUCCUAACAGUUUUCUGCUGGUGGUUUAACAUUUAGCCUGUAUUUUUUAACCAGAGUUAGAUAUAACUAUGGGCGUGGUUGGUAGAAUAGGUAAAUUGAUCAACUGCCAUAUGUGUUGUUUGCUUUGAAUUAUUUAAUUUUAUUAGAAAAUGUCAGCCUUUUGGGUUUCAGAGCUAUUGAACCAUUUCAUCCUCCAUUUUGAAUUCUAAGGGUUAAUUACAUUUAUACAGCUCUUUGUUAUAUUAAGCACUAGCUUUAUUUUUCUCCUUAUACAGGAUAUUAUUGAGUUAAGCCUGUAAAAGUGUUCUAAGAAACAGACUAAGCCACAUUUUUGAUUUGAAGAUAAUAUAAAAGGUCACCUUAUUGCAGGAUUGCCACAAGAAAAAGAUCCUCCUGGAAAUGAUUAGUUUUGUCGUUGUGUCUUUCCUAAAUCAAUGUUAGAUAUAUAUCUCUUUAUAGUUGGUGAUGGCUUCCAUAAAGUCACAGUCACGGCUAAUGCAUUGUUAGUCUAAUGCAUUUCACGCUUGGAGAAUAAUUGGACAAGGAUUGUUUAAAGAGGCUUGGUCACUUUGCAGGCAUUGUUUUUGAAUGCAUGAUUUUCUGUCCCUCUAUUACCAAUUGUUUUUAUUUUAAUUUAUACAUGACAAUAAAUAAGGGCUACUUUUUCGUAUAGGGAGCGUGAUCUUUGGUAAUAAACGGUGCUUAAAGGACAACGGUCACUUCAAAAAUAUUUUUAGAAUAAUAAUCCUUUCAUUGUCUUUAGUAGUGUAUGUAAAAAAAAAAAAAAAAAAAAAGAGAAACUCAUCCCUACAGUUAGAAUAUGACCGGAACCUUCAGCCAUAUACAUGCACUUUUUGUCAGAAAGUGUUUGAAAACAAACUGUUACAGGGUUAAGUCAGAAUUAAAAGUAGAUUGAAAUUUAAGGCAAGACUAAGGCGGAAUGGAUAUCAUAGCUGACUUAGAGAAAUUUUCCAGGUCAGCUAUUUUGACCUUAAAAUUGAAAUUCACUUUGAAUCCUCUUAGUAGUUAUAAUAUUAGUAAACGCUCUUGAUAGUCUCUGUGUCUUGCCUGCUUCCGUGCAGGGAAGGUCAUAAAGAGUUUCGAUUUUCAAACCCUGUCAAACAAAAUGUGAUUAUCACAAACCAUAAAGAUAUGUAUAUCUAACACUGAUUUAGAAAAGACACAACAACAAAAUAAAAACGUGCAGAUUUUAAUAGAAAUUGGCAUUUUUAUAAAUUGACUCUUUUACACCCUCUAGCUUUCUGUUAUUUCCUAGUUUGGUUAGCUCAGUUAAGCUAAACUCGAGAAGCAGUAGCAAUUGCCCAGAGCACUUGCCUUGCAAAGACUUUUCAAUUAUCUGUAUUGGGAAGUAUGUGAUUGGACAGCCACAGAAAGUGUGGACCUGGGAAGAAGGGGAGGGCUUGCAAAGGCUGCAGACUAGAGACCUGCUGGUUUUCAAACUGUUUUUAGAUAUCUGCCCAAUGGGGGGGUGGGGGGGAGCAUAAUUAAAUGCAUAUAUGUUUUCAUUGGGCGUAACUCAACAGAUUUUAUUUAUUUGGUACUUGUACAGUGGAGUGUCCUUUUUAAAGGAGAACGGUCACCUCAACACUAUAUUUGAAUGUAAAGCCCUAUUUCAAAGGAAAUGGAUUCUUUCCUCAAUUAAGUAUAUUUAGAAAGAACAAAAAAAGUUGCAAGACUCAGCGAUUCCUUUGUGUAUAUGACUGGAUUCUUUAGCCAUAUACAUGCACCUUUGAUCAGACGUUGUUGGAAUUUGACACUUGGUUAGUCUGAUGUCUCUGCACUGUGCAGACUGGGAAGAUAAUCUGUAUUCAAACAUUGCAGUGUUACUUUAACAAACACAAUUGUCCUGGAGCUUUCAGAAGCCAAUUUGUGUAAAGUGUAAGACAGAAAUAUAUUACAAUGUUAGCAUAUCUAUAAAGGUCUUGGUUUUUGUUUUGCUUUUUCUUCUUGUUUGGCUUUAAAGUGAUAUAAGGUAACCCGUGCAGUAUUAUCAUUCUCAUACAGGCCUUGGCAAAAAAACUAAAGGAAAAAAGGAAAAUAAAUCAUCUUUGUUGUAAGGACAACAUCAUUUCCCAGUUUGACUUUGUAUGUUAUGUACAUGCAUAUAUUUAUUUUAAUAGAUAGGACUUAUAAAAGCAUUCACAGAUAUAUAUUUUAUUUUAUUAAUAGGGCAUAAUCAUUGUAUAUAUUUUUUUUUUUUUUUCAGGGAGAAUUUUCACAUUUGGUCCUGCUGGCAAUGUUCGAUUGUAUUGAUGACACCAAGCUUGUAAAGCAGAUAAUCAUAUCUGUAAGUACUUUCUCUUUUUUUUUGUGGUUUUUCUGCCUCGGUGCAUUAAAGGACCACUAUAGUGCCAGGAAAACAUACUCUCCUCCUCCUUUCCUGUCAUCGGCUGAAUGCGCAUGCGCGGCACGAGCUGUGCGUGCAUUCAGCCAGUCCAUAGGAAAGCAUUCUCAAUGCUUUCCUAUGGACGCUGGCGUCUUCUCACUGUGAAAAUCACAGUAGGAAGGGCCUCUAGCAGCUGUCAAUAAGACAGUCACUAGAGGCUGGAUUAACCCAUAGGUAAACAUAGCAGUUUCUCUGAAACUGCUAUGUUUACACCAGGCAGGGUUAACCCUAGAGGGACCUGGCACCCAGACCACUUCAUUGAGCUGAAGUGGUCUGGGUGCCUCUAGUGGUCCUUUAACAAAUGUCAAACAUCGUUAAAUGAGUGAUUAUAGUGUAGUGAAUCACUAACGUUUUCUAUUCUCUCCAGCCAUCCACCUUUUAGAGCUACAGGUAUUUUGUCAUGUUUGAACUUAAUUAUUUUGUCACUGGAAAAUCUGUUUUUUGUAAUGUAGUAAAUGGGUGUUUACUACUACAUAAAAACUCACCUCUGUCACAAAAUAUGUCAUCUGUUUUUGAGAAUAUAAUAUACGUGGUAUGGAGUGUCUUACAUUAUAUUACGGCAUGCAACAUCUCAAGUUAUAACAAUAUUAAAACAUGCAAAUAUUCUUCAUAAAACAACAUAUAUGUUGAGAAAACCAAUCUGAAGAAAAUAUAAAUACACAGCCUCUCUGACUUUCCAUAGUCCCUUCUGUAGAAAUGACACCAUUUAAUAAAAUAUGGAAUAUCACCUUUAACUUUGAACAUUUUUCCAUUUGGUGCUCUGUUUAUUCUAAAAUGUAUAUUAAAGCUUCAGCAAGUGACAUCACUCUUCAGUUAAGUCCAAUAACUGCUAAAGCACAAAAGGCAAAUGAGAAGAUCAGCAGAAACUGUGUGUCUGUUUCCUCUCUUCCAAUAACUAUGCUCCUUGGCCCCAAACAGAAAUGAGCAACAGUUACGAUGAUUGACAUAUUUGUCAGAUAUAGGGAUUUGGUAAACCUAAAAUUAGAGGACCAUCUUAAUGAAGUGGUUUGUGUGUUGUGGUCCUUUAGUUUUAACAUUGCAGGAUUAAACACCCUCUGGUAGUUGUCAUACGAACAGCCAGUAGAGAUGCUUCCUGUGUAACAACUGAGUCAGGAUCAUGUGACUUUCAUAUGAAAAUCAUUUGAUUUGAAACACUUGCCGUACACGCAUAUCUCAUUAGAUUAGAUAAUCACCUCCAUGUGAUGUCACAAGAGGUGGAUCGAGCAGUAGCAUCAAGCGAGUCUUGGUGCUGCAAAAAAGAGAUUAAAUGUUUUUUUUUUUUUAAAUCUAUUUCGGGACUAGUUUACAUGAAAGAUGAGCAGUCACCACCACAAAGAUGAGAAGUACUUUUUAGUUAAUCUUUUAUUUAUUUAUUUAUUUUCUUCUCUUAAUGUGUUUCUACAUGGUAGGCAUUCCUGAAAUGUCUGACAUUUGUAGAAAAGUUGGAAAAUUAAAUCUUGUAAUUUCACUUUUUAUAUUCCUGAUGAAGGCUUCCAUGCAAAUUGGUUACAGUAUGGUAAUUGUACAAUUCUCCUAUUUACAGUAUUUUUCCAUUUAUCAGACUGAAUUUUUUUUCCUAAAAAUAUUUAGUCUAAAAUUGGGGGUCGUCUUAUUCAUGGAAUAUCACUGCAAGGGUUAAAAAAUAAAAAACACUUGUGCGCGGGGCCUAAGUCAAGAUGGCACCUGUCACAAUGCAGUGUGCCACAGCCCACACAUAUAUCCGGUUCCCCUCCCGCUGAUCCAUUUCUGAAUGCUGUGGCAAGGAGGAAGAGGUCCCUAUAUGUGUAGGAGCUGCAGUAGACAUCAGCAGUUACUACCACCUGAGCUCUAGAGACAUGCCACACAAUAGAAGGAGCAGCCAUAUUAAGGUUUGCUCCACCUCAGGUAGGUCUUACUUUCGGAUAUAUAUUUAUAGGGAGCAAAUGGGUAUCGGGUGAAUACUGCUGUGAUGUCCCAGCAUGCCCUCACACCACCUACUGUACUGCGGGAGCUGUAACCUUCCAGCAUGCACUAUAGAGCCAAUAACUUCACAGAGUACCUUGGCACAGCGGAGGCAUGAGAAUCAGAAGUGUUGUUCUCCUCAGAAGUCACCUCUAAAAUUUCAAAGUUGUCAUAUUUGAUGUUAAAAUUUUUAUUUCUUAAUUUUGGGCUCAAGAAAUAUGGUACACUGCAUGUAACUCCGUUUACAAUUCAUGCACUUUGUUCACAUCAAUUGUAAUAUUAGCUGGACUGAUGUGAAGUGUGGCAGCAACAAACCUAGAAACAAUCCAGUAAACAUGACAAUUGUUUUCAAGUGUAGCUGGGGUUCAUCACUCAUGGGACAAAAGAAACAUUAUCCCAAUGUUUAUUUAAUCCUGGCAGAUAACCUUUUCCACUUUGCAUUUUAAACACUGCAGUUAAUGCUUAAAGGACCACUAUAGUGCCAGGAAAACAUACUCGUUUUCCUGGCACUAUAGUGCCCUGAGGGUGCCCCCACCCUCAGGGACCCCCUCCCGCCCGGCUCUGGAAAGGGGAAAAGGGUUAAAACUUACCUUUUUCCAGCGCUGGGCGGGGAGCUCUCUGCCUCCUCUCCUCCUCCGUUCCUCCUCCUGGGCUGAAUGCGCACGCGCGGCAAGAGCUGCGCGCGCAUUCAGCCCGUCGCAUAGGAAAGCAUUUACAAUGCUUUCCUAUGGACGCUUGCGUGCUCUCACUGUGAAAUCACAGUGAGAAGCACGCAAGCGCCUCUAGUGGCUGUCAAUGAGACAGCCACUAGAGGAUUAGGGGAAGGCUUAACCCAUUCAUAAACAUAGCAGUUUCUCUGAAACUGCUAUGUUUAUAAAAAAAAUGGGUUAACCCUAGAAGGACCUGGCACCCAGACCACUUCAUUAAGCUGAAGUGGUCUGGGUGCCUAGAGUGGUCCUUUAAAGUUGUUUAACUCCAUGUUGUCUGAUAUUCAAUUGAAGCAUCCAUUCUGUAAUAAUUUGUCUCUUCCAUGUAGCUGUUAUGAAUACAGUGACUCUCAUCUUUGGUUGCAAAAGUAAAAAAAUUGCACAGAACCUGAAUGUUAACAUCCCUAUUUCAGUGACAAUGUUUCCUUUUAGUGGAUAUACCCCAAUAUAUUUAAACUAGACACUUAUCUGACCUCCAUCUAUGAUGGAGCCUGCACUGGAUACAUGAGCAUCUGUCUAAAUUACACACUGCUUACUGGGGAUAGCAGGCACCCUGAUGAGAGUGGCACAGAGGCCAGAGAUAUAGUUUAUUUCAUUAUACACUUCCAGAUGGUUGGCACAACAUAUAGAUUAAAAUUAGACUGUUUUAUUUUGCUUGCUUUUUUGCUCCUUUUGAAGUAUUUGGCUUCCCAGCAGGAAUGGCCUAGGCAGUCUGCUGGUAAACGUUUGCUUGCCAGCCUGUCACAUCAGCUGUGCCUGAUUAACUUGACAACAGAAUCUCUACAAAGCACCUUUCAUGCAAGUCUACGGCUUAUUAUGGUCAGGAUCCUGCCUCUUUCAUGCCACAAAUCCUGAUGGUUUUGCAGCCUAGUUGUAAUCCAGCACAUUGCAUCCUAAUUGCGAAGGGGAAUCUGUACGGAUUCUGCCAGGCCUCCAGUUUCGUGGUUACACACAAGCAUUUUAAGCCACUGGACUGCCUUUGACCAUGUGAUUUGUAUACUUUUAUAUUUAUUAUUUUUCAUCUUUACCACAAGGUUUCAAUUGUUUAUGAUUUUUUUUUUAUUUUUAUUUUGUUGUUUAAUUCUAUUUUUACAGUUUUUAGCUUAGAAAAAUAGGCUGAUUAUAUUAGAGGGGGAAAAAAUCCCGAGUCUUUUUACUGCUUGGUAAUUUGUCACUAAUGACUAUCAGGCUUUUGUAAUUUAGGCAUACUUGGUUAUGCUAGGAACACAGUGCUAUAGAAAGUUCAUCUAUUUUAAAGUCUGAGCACACGUAUAACAACACGUGCUUCUAUUUUCAAAAUCUAUAACAAUGUAGAGCACUUAAAACAUUGUCUGUUUUGUUAUAUGAUCAUGGUAUCGGUCACGUGACCUCUUCAGAAUUUUAAAGCCGUAUAGUUGACACCACCUUUAUCUUGCAGUUUACAAAUUGUUUAAAUGGUUUGCUUUCCAGCUGUUGAUAAAGCGUUUGUAGUUAACGCAAAAUGCAUCCAGGUCUUGUGGGCAUGUAAUAGUGGCUGUCUACCCUCCCUCCAACCCUUUUCCUAUAUUCAGCUAAUUUUGUCAUGUCAUAUGCAUUUUGAGGUCAGAUGUCAAAGUGGAAAAUGAUCCACUUACACAGCUCAGCUUGCCUGGUUGUUAUGCAUUGCAUUUUAGAGGUAAAGGUCAGAAUUUUGUGAUUUUACUUAGAAAGUUAUCUGUUUUGGGAAAUGCAAAAGAGUUUGCACAUUUAUUAAAAUUUUGCAAAGAGUAGUUUGUUGCUUAUCUGUUUUGCAUGUAUAUAUUGUCUACUGUCCACUUUAUCUCUUCUGUCCUUUACUGACACUGAACUUUUACAAUGCUGUCGUCUUUAAGUAAGUCUCUUUAUCCUUUUACCAACUGUUACCAGGUCAGUGUAAUGGAAACGUGGGAUUAAGAAGAGAUUAGUUAAAGAAAGCCACAUAUUUACUUAACUCACCAGCGUCAUACACGGUCACAUAAUACAUUGUUACUGUUUCCUCGUGUGUUAUUACGGAAUACUUUUAUUUAUUCUGGCACCAUGGUCUUCAAAUAAUUACGUGGUUAACCACGUGGAAAAUAAAUAAUCCCUUUCCCUGUUAGACAUUAAAUAAAAACUCAUUGGUAUAGUUGUGUUUGAAAGUAUUUCAUUCAUUCUACUUCUGGCACAAUAAUAUUUGACAUUAUGCUUUGUUUAUUGAUUCGUGUAAAUGUUCUCGCUCUACAACUUAAAGGAACAUUAUAGGGUUAUGAACACAAACCUGUAUUCCUGAGCCUGUUGUGUUAAAACAACCAUCUAUCUCUCUCCCCUCCCCCCCCACACACCUCUUGUCCUACCUAAAUAUAGCAAAAUCUUUCCUUUAUUCCAGUUUGCUGUUGCUGGUGCCGUCCCUAAUCUGCCUGCUUGGCUGACUUAAUCAGAACUGGUGUUCUGAGCCAAUCACAAUGCUAUCACAUAGGAAAACAUUGGGUUGGCUGAGACUGUCAAGGAGGCAGAUCAGGGGCAGAGCCAGCACAAGCCAAACACAACCAUGACCAAUCUGCAUCUCUUCAUAGAAAUGCAUUGAGUUAAAGCAUCUCUAUGAGGAAAGUUCAGUGUCUCCAUGCAGAGGGUAGAGACAGUGAAUGUCAGUGCCCCAGGAAGCACCUCUAGCAGCCAUCUGAGGAGUGACCAAUGGAGGUAUCCCUAGGUUGUAAUGUAAACACCGCCUUUUCUCUGAAAACCGUGCAAAAAGCCUGCAGGGGAUGAUUAUACUCACCAGAACAAAUACAAUAAACUCUAGUUGUUCUGGUGACUACAGUGUCCCUUUAACCCCUUAAAACAUGAGGGCGUACUAUUACGCCCUAUUCUAACGCCGCAGGGCGUAAUAGUACACCCUCCAGGUUUUUUUUAUUUUUUUUACUUAUAGGAACAGAGUGAUGAGACAUCACUCCAUUCCAACAUUGGCAACUAAGACAGUGUGACAACAUCUCUAAAGAGAUUUGCCCUGCUUAGCAAUGCGUCCCAAGCAGGGCAGAUGAUCUCAGUGAUGUCUGUAUGCUGGCUACAUGGCCGCCAUUGGAGAGAGUAACAUCUCGUCACUGUGUGUGUGUGUGUGUGUGUGUGUGUGUGUGUAUAUAUAUGUGUAUGUAUGUAUGUAUAUAUAUAUAUAUGUGUGUGUGUGUGUGUGUGUGUGUGUGUGUGUGUGUGUGUAUAUAUAUAUGUGUAUAUAUAUAUAUAUAUAUAUAUAUAUAUAUAUAUAUAUAUAUAUAUGUAUGUAUAUAUAUAUAUAUAUAUAUAUAUAUUAAUUAUAGUGUGUGAGUAUAAAACGAGUUUUUCGGCACAUUUUUUUUGUGCUGAAAAACCCCCACUCGUCUUAUACUCGAAUCAGUGUCUGUAUUAUGGCAACUUAAUUGCCAUAAUACAGACCAGGACCGCCGGGCUCAUUACAAGCCCGGCGGUCCAGUUGGGGGCUGGCAGCAAGCUGUAACUUACCUUUCCUGCAGCUCCUGUCCCUUCUCCUCCACUGUAAGUCUCGCGAGAGCCGCGGGGGUCAGAGCGUUGCCACAGGUUACUUAGAACGCGAGACUUACAGUGGAGGAGGAGGGAGCUGACAGGAGCUGUGGGAAAGGUAAGUUACAACUCGCUGCCAACCCCCUCCUACACAGCCCAUGCCACUAGACCACCAGGGAAUGAGAGCCCCCCUCCCUGGCCAUGUAUCAAGCAGGGAGGGGGGACAAAAAAAUAUAAAUAAAAAUUUAAAUAAUAUAAUAAAAAAUUUAAUAAUAUUAAAAUAAAAUAAAAAUAUUAAAAAACAAAAUGUAAUAUUAUAAUUUUAAAAAAUAAUAAAAAUGCAUUCAUACACACACUGCAUUCAUAUACACACACACACUGCAUUCAUUAUAUACACAAAAUAAAUAUUCAAUUAAUGUAAUUUUUUGGGGAUCUAAUUUUAUUUAGAAAUUUACCAGUAACUGCUGCAUUUCCCACCCUAGUCUUACACUCGAGUCAAUAAGUUUUCCCAGUUUUUGGGGGUAAAAUUAGGGGUCUCUACUUAUAUUCGGGUAUACUUAUAUUCGGGUCGACUUAUACUCGAGUGUGUGCGUAUAUAUGUUUGUGUGUCAUGUCCUCUUUAAAUGUUUAUUAAAGGGACACUAUAGUCACCAGAAAAACUACAGCUUAUUAAAUUUGUUCUGGUGAGUAGAAUCAUUACUUUCAGGCUUUUUGCUGUAAACACGGUCUUUUCAGAGAAAAUGCAGUGUUUACAUUACAGCCUAGUGAUAACUUCACUGGCCACUCCUCAGAUGGCUGUUAGAGAUUCUUCCUUGGUCAUGGCUGCCUAAAAUGCAUCCAAACAUUCAGUGUCUCCUCCCUCUGCAUGCAGACACUGAACUUUCCUCAUAGAGAUUCAUUGAUUCAAUUCAUCUCUAUGAGGAGAUGCUGAUUGGCCAGGGCUGUUUGAAUUGUGCUGGCUCUGCCCCUGAUCUGCCUCCUUGUGAGUCUCAGCCAAUCCUAUUGGGAAGCAUUGUGAUUGGAUCAGGCCACCGCUUCUGAUGAUGUCCACAGACAGCUUGUUUUUCUGAGGCAAACAUGCAGAGCUACAGCUUCAGGCUUUGAUACAAGUACGAUUUUACUAUAUUUAUGGAGGCAUGAUGGGCCCAGGGGGGCUAGAUGGUGGUUUUAACACUAUAGGGUCAGGAAUACAUGUUUGUGUUCCUGACCCUAUAGUGUUCCUUUAACUAUUUGGUGAAUUACAUCCUAAUCCAGCAAAUAUUGCAAAUGAAGAGAGGAAAUAGAAACAUUGUAGGUUUUCUCUGUGUUGACUGCCCUGUGCAAAAGGAGUUAAGAUGGCAGUGCACAGUUGCAGAAUAAAGAAGUGUGGAUAUCUACAUUUCAUUUUAUAUUUUAUGCUUUACAAAUAUUUAUAUGUAGGGUAUCCAUAAUAUAAAAUAUAAUUUAUACUUUUUUUUUUUUUUUUUUAUUGUAACUUGUUCAUUAUAGUCUCGAAGGAGUUCACAAAAUGUGAAUAUUUCCAAAGCACAAUGAAUACUCCUUUCUAGUUCUUCUCUCUGCUUCUUUUGUUACAUACGAAUGUUUGCAUUCAAUCUAAGUAUCUACACACACACAACUCUAUAAAGGUGACCUUCACUCAAAAUGCUUGAGUGCCACACUUAAUUAAUAGUCAAAAGAUUGCUGUCUGUGUAGAUAACAUGCAUGAAUUCAAUUCACUUAGUGUGUUAUGUUUCAAAAGACCUCGCUGAUGAGACAUAAUGUAGAACAAUCUAUUGUUGAGCAGCUGUGACCCUAGAAAAAGCACAUUUUAAUUGUGUAUGUGAGCAAAGAUUAUAUAGACCAUAGUGUGCUAGAGGCCCCUUCUUCUGACUCAGCUUGGUAGGGAAUCACACUGCGGGAGUUUAUACAGUUGGAUGGUUCAUGUUCUGUUUUUUUGUGAAAGUUGCCGUUGAGUCUAAAGCACUUUCUUUUUCAGAUCUAGUAAUGCAGAAAUAUAAAAAAUGUCUCCAUCCUAGAAAAACUGUUUAUCCUUCCAAAUCAAAACUGAAUUAAUGGCUGUCGCUGCUGCCUCCUUAUGUAACUCUCACUAAUCUCUGGCAGGCCAGGGUAUCACUAGGUGUCCGUCCUCUGUACAGUGUGUUUUGUUUUUUCUUUCUAUGGAACACUGCCAUAUCACUCACUAUUAAGUACAAGAUUUGAACACCUGACCUGCCUGUUGUACUAGCAGAUUGCUAUAUGCAGAGGAAUCAUUGGGAAUGCUGACACUGAUAUCCCCCACACACCCCUUUCACAGCACUUUUCAUGUACUUAAUCGUGAUGGAAGUCUGGGCCACACAAAUGUCUGUAUCAGUAGAACCGAACUUAAUUGUGUGUGUGUGUUUGUUCUCCAUAUAUACUUGGUACAUGCUUGUGGGUGCAGGCAAUCUGAUCUACGGAGUAAAUCCCUGUUAUUACAGAGCUAGCGCUUUCAGUAUUUUAUUGUUUAAACAAAACACAUAUGCUUUUUAUUUAAAUUAUCGGUCUACCUAAUUAUCAAUCUGAAUUGACUGCGUGAUUAUAAAUUGAAUGUAUUGCAAAACGCAGCAGAUAGGCUCAGGUUAAAUAAUUAGCCUAUUGGUACAAUUUGGCUACUAACUUCCUUCUAUAGUAAACAUAUCUCUGCUAACCUAUCUGCCUCAAGAGAAAGUUUUGCUGGUGCCCAUGCAUAAUCCUCAAACAUGUUUGAGUUGAAACACAUACAAAGUUAUUUAAUAAAAAAUUCAAAGUGAAUUUCACAAUUUAAGGCCAGAGUAGCUGAACCGUAAGCAUAGCUGACUUAGACACUUUUUUCAGUUUGGCUAUUUUACCCUUUAAAUUUAAAGGGUUCACUUUAAAUGAUCAACUUUAGUGAAUAAUCUGUUACAAUGUGCUGUUUUAUCUUUUUAUUUUUGUCUGUGUCUUUAUUACAAUGAUGCAUCUGCUUUCCUUCCUUGCAAAAGAGCGAUUAAGCCAUGAAAAAUUCAGUAGCUCAGUCACCACUAAGUAGUCCUGAUUUCUAUUUAAUCAUAAAGAUGGAGUAAUUAAUUGAAAGUAUUGAUUUCCUACUGAUAUUUAUUUCAUGUUACUGCCAAUCCGGCAGGUGGGACACAUACGAACAUGGUAAAUAACGCUCUUCUUAUUAGACAUUACUGGCUAACCUAUAUUUUGUUUUUUCCCCUCUUUUUAGGAACUUGUCAGCUGCUUGCCAAACAUUAUCGAUAACAAAUAUGGAAGAAAGGUGUUACUGUAUUUGCUGAGUUGGCGUCAUCCUGCACAUUUCCUGCCAGAGAUAAUUGAGGUGCUUAAGCAAGGUGAUGAAAAUGCAAACAGGUAUGUAGAACUUGCCAUUCACGAGAAAGAGAAUGCAUUAUUGUCCCUUCUGCAUCAGACAAGCUUGGUUUUGAUAUCCAUAGUGGACUAAAGAUUGCCAUCUCCACAUAGUACAGGUAGGCCAGGAGAUGCACUAAAGAGUUCAUUUACUUAGAUGUAUUUAUUACAAAAUAAUAUACAUCAAGGUUGUAUCACAUGCAACUAUUAUUAUUUUCAGUGUUAACAAUGUCAGAAUAAUUACAUUGUAAGUACUAUUUAAAGUUACUAGAAUUUCUUACUCAUUUAAAUUUUCUGUAUACAGCAUUUAAUGCACAGUAUGCAUGACACUCCAUACCGUCUUGGAGCUUAGGAACAAUACAGUUAUGAUAUAAUUAAAUAUUAUUGCUCUUCGAGAGAUUAAACUAUUGUACAAAUAAUAUAUCGUCCUUUCAUGUUUACUUAGCUGCUUGGUAUGACCUGGUUAUGCUUGACUGCGUAGUUGUUAAAUUUUGCUGCUGAUUUUUACUGUUCUCUUGCUUGCUACUUACUGUAUUAUUAUAUGUAUAAGAUGCCCCCAUGUAUAAGACGACUCCUAUUUUUUGAGCCCAAAAUUAAGAAAUCAAUAUUUUAAACAUCAAAUAGAACAACUUUGAUAUUUUAGAGAUUACUUCUGUGGAAAACAGCACACUUCUGAUUGUCAUGCCUCCCCUGUGCUACGGUUCUCUGUGAAGUUAAUGGCUCCAUAGUACAUGCUGGGAGACUAAAGCUCCCACAAUACAGCAGGUGGUGUGAGGGCAUGCUGGGACAUCAGAGUAGUAUUCCUUCUGCUCCCCAAUCCCCAUUUUAUUCCAGAUAAAUUUAAAUCCAAAAGCAAGAGCUACCUGAGGUGGAUCAAACCUUAAAGGAUCACUGUAGGGUCAGGAACACAAACAUGUAUUCCUGACCCUAUAGUGUUAAAACCACCAUCUAAUCCCCCUGGGCCCCUCAUGCCUCCAUAAAUGUAGCAAAAUCUUACUGUAUUCAAGCCAGAAGCUGUAGAUCUGCAUGAUGUUUGCCUAAAAAAAACAAGCAGUCUGCUGACAUCAUCAGAAGUGGUAGUCUGAUCCAAUCACAAUGCUUCCCCAUAGGAUUGGCUGAGACUGGCAAGGAGGCAGAUCAAGGGCAGAACCAGCAUGAUUCAAACACAGCCCUGGCCAAUCAGCAUCUCCUCAUAGAGAUGAAUGGAAUCAAUGAAUCUCUAUGAGGAAAGUUCAGUGUCUGAAUGCAGAGGGCGGAGACACAUUUUAGGCAGCCAUGACCCAGAAAGGAUCUUUAACAACCAUCUGAGGAGUGGCCAGUGAAGUUAUCACUAGGCUGUAAUGUAAACACUGCAUUUUCUCUGAAAAGACAGUGUUUACAGCAAAAAGCCUGAAGGUAAUGAUUCUACUCACCAGAACAAAUUCAAUAAGCUGUAGUUGUUCUGGUGACUAUAGUGUCCCUUUAAUAUGGCUGCUCCUUUUAUGGUGUGGCAUGUCUCUGGAGCUCCGUUGGUGGCAAAUGCUGAUGUCUGCUGCAGCUCCCAUGCAUUAAGGGAUCUCUUCCUCCUUGUCAUAGCAUUCAGAAGUUGUUCGGCAGGAGGGAGGCCAGGUAUGUGUGUGGGCCGUGGCACACUGAAAUGCGUCAGGUGCCAUUUUAACUUAGUUCCGCGCACAAGUGUAUUUUUAAACUCCUGUAGUGAGAUUUCGUGUAUGACGACCCCCAAUGUUUAGACUAAUAAAAUGUAGAACAUGGAAAAAUACAGUACUUGUUAAAGUGACUGGAGACUAAAUAACGAGGCGACAAAUCAAUCUUUCCUCCACACAUUGAUCCCUUGUGGCCUUUGAAGUUUUGACAGGGGUUCUGUACUGUAAAACUUAUACAAGAGAUUUGUGUGUUUACUUUAAUGCAAGUAUCCGGUUUCUUUGUGACAGACCUGUUAAAGUUAAAACACUGGCCGCAAUUAUCAUAUUGUUUGUUACUUCUCCACCUGUGCUUGCCACAAGUCUUUUAAUACUAUUCACUUACAAGUACCACAUGCAGCUCCAGCAGCAUGUAACAAUAAUAGAAUUAACAUGCAGAAAGUUUGCUGCUUAGCAGACCAGAAGCAUGCAACAUUCAUAAAUGAUAAAGCAUUAUUGAUGCAUAACACUUCUCUGAAUUUUAUUUACCUUUUUUGUUUUAAAAUGUGAUUAUUUUCUUGCAGAUGUAUGUGUUAUUGUAGGUUUUCAGAAUAUUUUCCUGCAAGGCAGUUUUUCAUAGUUUCCUACGUAUUUGCAGGAAAACGGAAUUAAAUGUCCAUAUUUAACAGUUUGGAGUUUGUAAUAUUGCAACUCGAUUUUAAACUGCUAUUUAAGCUUUCAGUUAGUGUUGUGAGAAAUGUUACUUGUUGCCUUGCUCGUAAAACACUUUUGCAUAAGAUUUUUUUAUUUUCUUUUUAGCAAGAAAAAUACAGCAGUUAGGCAGCGUGAAUUGCUGGAUGUAAUUUCUCCACCUCUACUUAAACACCUUGAGGAGAACACACAAGAUUUGGUAUUCCAGACUGCCUUAUGUGCUUUGGUCACGAGCAUUGUGCUGUAUGCAGCAGGGGAUCCAGAGCCUGUCAUGUCUGCCAUAGCCAAUAUGGCAGCAGAGGAGUUUGUUGCCGGGGGCAAGAAUGGAGAGGUAAUGUCACUCGUUAAACAUUGUCAAUACUAUGUUCACUGCAUCCUUUUUUUUCCAUAAGACCCUUCACAUAAGCGGUUAUUUGCUAAACAGGGAAUUGUGGAUUAUUUACUUUACAAUGAUAAGUCUGAGCGGUUGCCCACUGUAUUGUUUCCCAUCUCACACACCUGGCCUUUUCAUAAAUACAGACAUUGAUCUUUGUGGAAGCUAGAUAACUGGUGUAUCUAUCCGUGGCUCCCGAGGGAGAAAAAGGUUUGCUCUGUACCUAUAUUCAGAAUGGUGCACAGUAGGACAUAAGAGGUUUACAAGAUUCCUUGCCAAUUCUUAGCAUUGUUGUGAUGCAAGUUUCACUGAGGGGAUGUUCUGUUGGAAUGUGAUUGUAUAAUGGGUGCUUCAUUUACAAAACAUGAGACUGAUACUGUCCUGAUUCUUUUUCUUUAAAGCUUCACAUUGCAGAACAUCCUGCAGGUCACCUGGUGUUGAAAUGGUUGAUAAAGCAAGAUAAAGACAUGAAAGAAAACGGCAAAGAAGGUAUGGUACAUGUUGAUCCGUCUAACUCUAUGCAAUUAUUUAUUCACAAUGCCUCUGUUUUCUUGUUGCAAUUAUAUAAAAUGAAAGGCUGCCCUGACAUAGCUUGACAUAGAUUUAAAUUGCACGUCUCAGAAUUUCAUGUGUGUGCAUGUCACAUGGUAAAAGCUGGCUGACCAUUUGGAUAGGCAGUGAAUGAAAGUGUCAUCAUGCCACUUGCUUUAGUUACACAGUUUUUGACAGUAAUUGCUUUAAUAGCUUUUUAAAGAGGUGAUGUAAAACAGUCCCCGACAAAAAAUAUCUUUCAGAAAUUUGCAUUGCAGUUGUUCUGUCUUAAAUGUGUCGGCACCCAGUUAACAGCUUAACGGUUGGAACAAAAUGACAACCACAGAAAUGAGCAGCUUCAGAGUUACCAAUACAGCUUUAUUGUCCUUUUAAGAAAUAAUUUUAUAUAUCAGAGAAUGCCAUGAGGCAUUUCCUGAAAAUUAUAUUUCCCAUAAUCCCUGGUACAAUCACAUUGUAUCAAUGUGUUUAUUUUGCUCAUUUCCAAGUUGGUCCUCCCAUUGAGUAUUUUGAGAAAGCAGUUUAUAAAUUCAAAAAUGAGCAAAUCAUAUAUACUGACACAAUUUUAUUAUACCAGAUGAUCAUUGGAGUAAACAAAUGUAAUUCACAUUAAUUGUGUUGUGUUGGCCAUUUGCAGAAUUGUAUUGUAAUGCCAAAGUACAUGGACCUGUUCAUCUAAAAAAAGAAAAGUAUUUAAAAAAAAAAAAUCCACAUGUUUCUCUCUCUUGCCUUAGUUAUACUCUUAUUAUCUCAAGUGUGAAUGCGCCUUCUUAACAUAACAUUCAUUAUGGCCAUUUACAUGUCUGAAGUUGCCCGAGUUACAUUGUGUGUAUUUGUUGAAACAUGCAGUUGCCUGGCUUCCUGACAAUUGUCAUAUAUUGCUUUGCUCUCUGAUAAGACACAAUGGGUCAUGUUGGGACUCAGCCUGACGUAUUCAAAGAAAUUAGUUUGUUUUUUUUAAUGUGCCAAAUUGUGUUCUGCCGCUCACAUAACUAUUGGAUUUCUAUGUGUCACUGACUAAAUCUGCUGUCUGUUUACAGUUCCAAUCUUUUUUUUACUAUAUUUGUUUAAAGCAUAUUUCAGUCAUUAUGUUUCUACAGUAUGAGUAAGUCUAUGGGCAACCUGCUUAGUAUAUAAUUCAUUUGAUGCUUUCUCUCCAACACAGGCUGUUUUUCCAGAACGCUGGUGGAACAUGUAGGCAUAGAAAACCUCAGCUGUUGGGCCAAGGUUAACAGAGGAGCAAUCGUCCUGUGCUGGUAAGGAAAACGUUGUUGUUCAUUAUUUUGCUUGAAAUAGAUUGUUUGUAUGCCCUAUCAAUUUGUCGUUUAUUUGGUGAGUUAACAUGCCUUUUCUAAAUAGCUGAAGAAUAUAUUGGUGCUGUAUCAAAUAUAAUGACUGUUUAAUAUGUGGGUGCCAUGAUCACAGUGUGUGUGUAUGUGUGUGUGCGUGUGUGUGUGUGUGUGUGUGUGUGUGUGUGUGUGUAUAUAUAUAUAUAUAUAUAUAUAUAUAUAUAUAUAUAUAUAUAUAUUACAUCACAUAGAGAUUUGACAUUCGUUAGUAACUCAGUAGAUAACAUACAUAUACAGAGUAACAAUAAGCGUAAUAGAGAGUGACUGCACUUUUUUAAGUAACUAAGUAAAAACAUGCGAAGAGUAACAAUAUCUUACAUAGUGGUCAGAUAGGAGAUCAAUAGAAAUAAACAGGACAUGUUUAAUGCUGCACUUUUUAAAGGGUUGAUCAUGACCCAUACCCUAGAGAUUUACACAAGGCAUAUAAUUGUAAGAGAGGUCAUAUACAACUAUCACUUUAUUGUAAAGAUAAGUGAAAGUAAUAUUAGGUAUAGAAAACUGCGCAAUAACUAUAUAAUACCUUGAACUGCAGCAAAAGCACUGUGAACAGUUACAGAUAUUACAAUAUUAACCCCUUAAGGACACAUGACGUGUGACAUGUCAUGAUUCCCUUUUAUUGCAGAAGUUUGGUCCUUAAGGGGUUAAGUAGCACCGACAUCUGAAAAACAAAGGGAAUUACUUCCUAUUUUGUGGCACCGUGAGAUCUUUUUCCAUGGACAGCUACGCUUUUUAAAGUAUGAUGCAGCCCUUAAAGUGAGAACUUCAUGCAUAAGUGAAUGUUAGCUGAAGCUGUUUCCAGUAUCUUGUACCCAGGUGUUCAUUCAUCUUUAAAAAAAAAAAAAAAAAAAAGUCCUGCGCUCACUCCCAUCACUCCUGGGCGACAGCAACGACCACAGUACACAUCAGCCCCAAUAUAUAGGGGCAAAUGUGUUACUAUUAAGGGUUAAUAAGUAUAUAGGGAUGUAUAUAAAAAAUACCCCUCUCUGUCUCAUUAGAGAGAUCUUUGCCAGAAGCUCAAGGAAGCGAGGUGAAGGGUCAGUGUAGGACUCGCUUAGGGGGUUUGCCUUGACGUUGGCAGGUGGGCAUUCCCUCCAAUGGCAAUUGGAGUAACUAAAUGACCUCCAUUUGUUUAAAUAUACAUGGGAAUUAAGGAGACAGCGCAGGUAACUUUCUUUUUUUUUUUGGUUCAUUCAUCUUUACCAACGUGUUUGGGCUCUUAUUGUAUUCAUUUUUGUGAGGAAUUCCCAAACGUUCAUGUAAAUCCCCCUCUCCUCCCCCCAAUAUGGUUGAAUAGGAGAUCAGAAAUUGGAGAGUCUUUAUAUUAUUUAUGUAGAUAUUGCAAGAUUUCUAGAUAUCCUUUUUUUCUGCUGUCACUUUAAUGCACUAUAUGUCUGAUGAAGCACACACGGUCAGACAGACCCUGAUGAUUCUUGUUCACGCCUGCUAGUUUUCUCGUUCCUCAUAUUCAGGAACGGUUUGCUCUGCUUUCUGUUCAGCUGUGUUUGCUUGUCACACUUGUAGAAAAGCAAAAUAGCCAGAGUAGGAUUACAUGUGUUUUCUCUCUUUUCUUCCCAAUCUGCCAAUAUUGGCAUGGUGUGUGUACCGCAUUUUAGUCUUUAGCUGAACUAGAAGCAAAUUGGUAGUGUUGGAGGCAAUACUUGUGCUCCAUUAUUGAUAACACAACAUGGCAUUGUUGGGCAAAUAGACUUAAACAAAACUAUUUUAUAUUGAAAAUCUCGUCUUAUCCCUGAGUUUUAUUUUUAUCCCAUUUAUGAAAAGUACAAUUUAUUGUAGGACACUGCUUGUUCAUUAUUAUGAUACUGUCAUUUUUACUAGCGUUAAUACUGUAUUUGAUUUUAUUUACUUAUAUUUUAUUUUAUAUUUUUUUUUUAAAUCUCCUUUAGCCUUCUUGAGAGCUGUGAUGAAGAACUUUCCUGUAAAGUAAAAACUGGACUCAAGAAUUUGGUGUCGAAACCAAAAGACUCUAUAAAUACAAAAGCAAUUGAUGCCUUAAUAGAAAAGUUGAAUUCUCCCUAGUGAUUGCUUGUUUUAUGUCCUGUUAAGAUUUUAUCCCUUUUUGUACCCCAGGAGUAUGUAAUACCAAUGCAUUGCACAACCACCUUGGCAGGGAAAGUGUUAACCUUUCCCAUGUACCCAGAGAGAGACUGUAAUAAUGUUUUAUAUGUAUAAAUAAAACGCCUUUACCAACC